UCAUCGCGAUCCCGCCUUUGCCUCGAAGCUCAGCCAAUCAGAUUCGCAUGCUGGGUUUAAAGGGGUUUCUUCAUCCAAUAAUACGCGACGGUUCCAUCCAGGCACGCCCCCUGCCAGUGACGCUUCAUUUCAUUACAGGAAAUAGAAGCGUUUGUUUUGUUUAUGCUGGUGAGAGAGCUGCAGUCUUUGCUGAUUUUAAAGCAUUAAUUUGUAUAACCUGCUGUUUAUGUAUUUAGUUUGGGUAAAACUGCUUCUUAAGUAUUUAUAUAUUUUCAAAAAAGUAAUUCUGAAACAAAGGGUCUUUUACUGAGAAAACGAGCGAGCUUUAAUUUCUAUCAGAACUUUGCAGGAUUCUGAAUCACAAAAGUUGCUCCUUGCAAAGUAAGACCAGUCUAAAACUAAAACCAGUGAAGAUGGAGGUCAGCGUCUCCGUGUCGUUCUUUCAAGACGAGCUCGCCUCUACCAUCGAGCACGCAGUGAAAGCGGCUGUAGACACCGUCUUGUGCCAAAUCACAAAAGUUGUCGGCGGCAAAUUCACUGAAUUCCGAAUGGAAAUGGCUGGAAAGGAGAAAGAGAAUGAAAGUCUGAAGCUGAGAUUGGAAAUAUCAGAGAGCGAGUUGAAAGCAGUGCGGGAAUGCAUGAACGCUGCAGAUGCAGACAUUAAACAACCUCUCAGAAACAUGAACCCCGACUGCAAUGAACAAGACUUUCAGAGGAACGAGAACCAGGGAUUAUUUCAAGAUCCCAAAGAGAGCCAUGCUGUACCUAAAUCUGAAGCACAGGAGGGGCCAAGGAUGGAAGCAGUUUACACACAAGAGGAGCCCUUUGACCAGGAGUGGUGUGCAAGUCUAAAGCAGGUUACAGAGCUGACAUGUGUUAAAGAUGAAGAGGUCCCUCGACUGGAAUGUGUUCCUAUUAAAGAGGAAUUCAUAGAACAGGAAUGUGUCCCCAUCGCAGAGGAAGUUCCUACUGAAAAUAAUGUCUGUACACUUGAGGAGAACAACCAGCUGGGAUCCAGCCUGUGUGAUGAUUGUCCACCUGAAUGUGAACUGGGAUUUAGAGCUGCUAAAGGAUAUCUCACAGGAGAUGCUCCAUUUCCCUGUGCUGAUUGUGGGAAGAGUUUCAGUUGUUUAUCACAGCUUAAAAGACACCAGGUUGUUCAUACAGGAGAGAAACCGUAUCACUGCUGUGAGUGUGGGAGGAGUUUCACACAGUUGGGAAAUCUCAAAACACACCAGCGUCUUCACACAGGAGAGAAACCACACCAGUGUAAUGAUUGUGGGAAGUGCUUCACUCUAUUAGGAAAUCUUAAAAAACACCAACGAGUACACACAGUUCAGAAACCAAACGACUGUAAUGUAUGUGGGAGACGUUUCACUCAAUUAGGAAGUCUUAAAAGACACCAACUAAUUCACACAGGCGACAAACCACACCACUGUAAUUAUUGUGGGAAGAGCUUCACUUUAUUACAAAGUCUUACAAAACACCAACAAAUUCACACAGGAGACAAACCACACCACUGUAAUGAAUGUGGUAGGAGCUUCAGUCAAUUAAGAAGUCUUAAAAGACACCAACUAAUUCACACAGGCGAGAAACCACACCACUGCAAUAAAUGUGAGAAGAGGUUCUCUCGAUCAGAAUAUCUUAAAGAUCACCAGCGCAUUCACACUGGAGAGAAACCACACGUCUGUAAUGACUGUGGGAAGAGCUUCCGUCAAUUAAGAAGUCUUAAAAUACACCAACUACUUCACGCAGCAGUGAAGCCCUGAAUGCUAAAUGUUGAGAAAGUUUUAAUCUGGUGGGACACCUUAAAAACCAGGAAGACAAAAUCCCUGUCACUCGAGAGAUUAACGUCAUUAAUAAAAACUAAUCAGAGUUAAAAAUAAUUUCUUAACAAGAAAUUCCUUUACAAAGACUCCUCAGAAGUGUUUAUUGCACAGGCUGCUUUUACACUUUGAAACGGACAAGAGGACACCAUUCCGGUCAUGAGACAUCAGAGCUUCAAACGAAACAAACACUUUGAACAGAUUCCAAAGAGGGAGACACUAUUUCACCCCCUCGCUGGUAAGAGAGAGACAUGCCCGGAUGUUUAUCUCGUGGAAGAUGUUGCUUUCCGAUAUCCCACUGAGACUGCAAACAUUAAUGAAGCAAUCUAUUGAUGGGGACACGUGGAUCCUUGAAGGACUUCAUUGCCUUUGUGUCAAUCUAGGGGUAGGUCACAGAACUAAAAAACACACCCUCUUAAAAAAAAAAACCCAAUAAUAUAAUAUUGAUUUGAUUGGCUAAGCCACGUGUCCUCCCAUCUGCUGGUAAUAAAAGCUGUGCAUCUUCCACAGAGGAGGAGGGUGAAUCUUGAAGUUCCGCACGGGUCUCUGAAAAUUCGCCAUUUCCACAAUAACUAAUGCCUGUACUUGAAAACUGCCAGGAAACUCUGUUUGUCAACUGCUAAACACUUCAUUGAAACCAGAAGGGAAAGACUGUUUCAGCGCUACAAAGGCAGGACUGUGACUUGGCUUCUUCACGGCUAAACCCCUGGAGCAAGGUGUAAACGCUGGGCUUCUCUUUGCAUCCCUCCAGGCUGGACCGCGGACCAACGGCCAUCGCAGGAUUGGUAUUCUUCUUUCUUAUUCAUCGGACUGCUUUAUUUCUUCAAAAGAGUUUUGCACGGGUAACUGCAACUAUAUGAUGUAUUGAAUUUGUAUGAUCGUUUGCUGUUGAAUGUUGUUAAUAUGUUUUAUUAGAUGGUUUUAAAAUAAGUACAUACUAAAUAUAGUACAGGUGUAGUAUGUGUAGGUGAUGCUUGAUGUAGGUGUUUCUGAAGUAUUGCCAUAGCUAGUAGUUUUUCUUCAAGGUAUUUAGCUUCUGAAUAAACUUUAUUUUCUCAAGUAGUUUUUUUCUUUGUUUGUUAAACAGCACUAUCAAGCAUUUAGUGGAACCCAAGACGUAAAAGAUAUUGUUAAACUGAGCCAUUCUAAUAUUAUUAUUAUUAUUAUUAUUAUUUAUUUCUUAGCAGACGCCCUUAUCCAGGGCGACUUACAAUCGAAAGCAAAUACAUUAAGUAUCACAGUACAAGUAAUAAUACAAUUAAGAGCAAGAUAAAUACAAUGUCUCACGUGUUUGAAGUAAAAAUAUACAUUCACACCCAAGUAAGAACCUCCGAUCCUGCUGAAAUAAGAACUUUAUUUUAACUUGGAAUAUGUGCGUCUGUGGUGGACCAAUUAAACCCUAGGCAUGCAACAUAAUUAAAACAUUUCCAUCUGUGACAGAGAGCGAAUGAAUCCUAGUUGACAAUCUCCCUCCCGACCUGUGGGGGCGCUGUGUAACAGGAACAGAGCGCCUCGUACUGGUUGGUCUGGCAGUUCAUUCCAGGGUCAGUCGGAAGCCAGCCCGCCAGGAAGGGGGCGGAGCCACAAUGCCCAAAGUCCUCGCCCUAAAGCGAUACGCGAUGUGUCAGUCGUGGAUUGGAGGAGACGUGACUGGACUAGCUAUCGCAGGGGGGCGUGACUCGAGGUAUAACUGGGGAUGUGAUGAUGUAAUCUGUUCCUUUGAUGUGGUUAUGGAAAGGACCCAUUUAGGAAGCAGACGUAAUUAAUUAUUAUUUAUUAUUAUUUAUUUCUUAGCAGACACCCUUAUCCAGGGCAACUUACAAUUGUUACAAGAUAUCACAUUAUUUUUACAUACAAUUCCCCAUUUAUACAGUUGGGUUAUUACUGGAGCAAUCUAGGUAAAGUACCUUGCUCAAGGGUACAGCAGCAGUGUCCCCCCACCUGGGAUUGAACCCACGACCCUCCGGUCAAGAGUCCAGAGCCCUAACCACUACUCCACACUGCUGCCCUAUAUGAUGAGUGUUUUGUGUUUUGUUAGCACUCGCUGUCUGGAAGUGAUCGUGUCUGUGUUUAGUGUAGUUAUGAAGUGUCUUAUCAUUGAUUGACUUGUUUUGCACGGAGUGAUACGCACGGCUGUGUUGUGUGUGUUAUUCCUGAGCAGGGCAAGCCCCUUUGCCACAGCAUCACAAUAACUUAAUCAAGUGAAAAUGUGCGACUGCAGCAUUUUAAAAUGCAGAUAUUGUUGAAACAUUAUCAUUUGCUUUAGCAAUUUGUUAUAUUGCAAACUUGUAAAAAUGUAUGUAUCCCAAGUUAUGUUGCAUACUGUAUUUAGAUCAUUUUAUUAAUGCUGUGAUAGGUUGAAAAUGUUCUGACUUAAUAUGUGUGAAUAAUGCAUGAAUGGCUGCAAAGAUACCUAUUGGAUUUCAAAGUUACUGUUUUUAAGUGAGUUGUUACCUUUUUAAAAAUGAUUUUACAAAUAAAAAUGCAAAUCACAAGAACCUUGAAAUAUCUUAAGAUUGUAAAACUCUUGAGUUUGGCUGGUAGAAUAUCUACGAGACAAGAGUCUAGUAAAUCCAUAUAGAUUGUAUGUCUCCCAAUUAAAAUAUCAUUCUGUAUAAAGUAUUAAGAACAUGUUCUUAAAACACGGUAAGGUGUGAUUGGUUAAAAACUGUUUGAAUGAGAAGAAUGGCUUCAAAGCUACCGGCCUAUCGGAUUUCAAAGUUACUGUUUAAGGGAGUUUUUAAAUCAUUUUACAAAUGAAAAUUCAAAUGACAUUUAAAAUCAAACACCCAAUCAAAAUAACCAAGUCAUUAUACAUGUUAUUAAAACUUGGUUUGAUUGGUUAUUUAUUUAACUAAAGGCAACACAUGUUUCAAUUAUCAAUUAUUCUAAAUAAUAUUUUUAGAAAAAAUGUGUAAAAAACACUCAGAAACAACCUUUCUGAUUCAACUUUUAUUUGUUUUAUAAUAAACAACUAAUAACACAUAACUAAAAGAGCAGGUCAAAAGAAUAUAAAUUAACACAAAUUAUUAUUAUUUAUUAAUAAUAAUAAUAAUAAUGAUAGAUAGAUAGAUAGAUAGAUAGAUAGAUAACUUGGCUACCAUUAUUAUAGUAAAUAAUACAAGACACAUACAUGCAUAUUUCUACCCCAUUACCAGAGAUUUCUUGCUAAAUUUUGCACAGAGAAAUACAAACAGACAGACUUCCUUUGGAAAGUGUGGCCUUUUUUAACCUGCAAUAUGGAGUGUGUUUGCUUUCGUGGUAUUGUAUUCCAAAUAACCAUGUAAUGCAAACCACUCCAAAAUGUUAUUUAAAUGUACCAUUUAAAACAAUUGUCCUUCCAGUAAAGGUUUCACUGGGUAAGUUAUGUAUUGCUGCCUGGACUUUAUUUUAGUUUAGUUGAAGGUGGCUUGGCUUCAAAAUGGUAAAACUCAACAUUGUGAAUGUAUUUAAUUUAUUAAAUUUACCAAUAUUUUUUGGUUAAAUUCAAAUAUAAUCAAUCAACGUAAAGCAGCACAACAUACCGUUUUGAAUCAGAAAUUGUAAGAAUAAAAUUCAACCUGAAUGGUUCUACCACCUUAAA